CGAAUAUGCACACUACCGGAAGUGUCAAUGAUAUCACUUCCUGUCAAUGCCAAACGUCAAACAUUUUCGAUAAAUGUGCAUAUAAACAGAAAAAAAACAGAGCCAGUUUUUAUUUAACCAGGAAAAGUGUGUCUCUAAGGGUAAAUUGAUAGUUUGAAGAGGAACAUAAGAUGCAAGUUGGCACUGCGUCGGGAUCUGAGAAUCCCACGUCUUACUACUUUAACCAACGGGGAAUAUGGCUGACGUACAUACUUGUGAUCUUUUUAGCCCAUCUUUUCAUAUUAAGCAUGCCAUUCUUCAGUACAGCAGUUGCAUGGACACUGACAAAUGUAUUACAUGACAUAUCAUUAUUUGUGAUUCUACAUGUGACUCGAGGUACGCCAUACAUGCUGGAAGAUCAAGGAACAGCAAGAAAACAGACCCAAUGGGAGCAGCUUGACCAAGGGAAACAAUUCACUCCUACAAAAAAAUUUCUCACAAUUGUACCUAUAGUUCUGUUUUUCCUUGCGAGUUUUUAUACAAAGUAUGACAAAGUUCAUUUUUUGAUAAAUGCAUCAUUUUGUGCUCUCAGCGUAGUAGCAAAGAUGCCAUGGUUUCAUGGGAAACGAUUUUUCGAAAUAAACAAAUGGUGAACAGUUUCGAUUGCUGCAGUUCAACUGAUGAAUGUGUUAUGUAUGAGAAAAAAGGGAAGAAAAUCAGGCUUCAAGAUUAUAAAUCUGAGUUUGGGCACCAGUCUCAGAAUGCAGUCUAACCAUUGGUCAGUUUCAAAAUUAUUCUCAAAAACAACCAAUCAGAAACUGGAGUUUUAAGACUGGUUUACAAAUUCAGUUUUAUAACCUUGGACUCUGAAAUGUUAAGAAUGUUGGUAGUGGAGAAUGAAGCUGGGGACUCUAUGGAAAUAGGAUUUAUUGUUUAACCCCACCCAGCCAAUAUACAGGUGUGGUUGUAGCUUUGUUUAUAUAGAUAGAAAAUAUCAUGACCAUGUGUUAAAACAGAAUGUCAUCUUUUAUAACCAUUUGCGGGAUGCAGUUAGAUUUGCCCUUGUCCGUCCGGGCAUCUUGUAGUUGAAUUUGUGACAUGCAUAUCUGAAAAAGUAUUAUUUGAUCUAGAGUCAGUAAAUAUAGGAUGUUAAAUCAAGAUGUGAAUUUGUGCACCUGAUGUUCUGUUUGGGAUUUCAAUCCACCAAACAAGAGUUAUGGCCCCUGACCUAAUAAAAACAUGCAUUAAGAGUCUACAGGUUUGUGAGGAACAUACCCAAAAAGAAACUGACAAGAGUCAUGGAACUUAUAGGAUUGUUGGGGAUUUAAUCAGAAUUUACCCGCACUCCCCCCCUACCCUCCCCUCAUAACAACAAA